AGCCAAUGCCAUAGAAACGCAAAGGGUUAAAGGUUUUUCUUUUACUUUUGUUUUGGGUACGCUUUCUAUACUUUGAACAAAUGUGUUUUUCUGCUCAAAAUACUUUCAAACUAUUGAAAGUUUUCAUUCCAAAUCCUAGACUUUUAGGCUUGUUACUUUUGAGAAACUGUUUCUCACAUUAGAGCUCCCCCCUGUAUUGAUCUAAAUGUAGUUUAGUAAAUGCACCUACUUUGCUCUAAGCAUACUUAAAGUUAAAAGAAAAGUAUAUAUACAAAAAGACUUUGGUAUUUUUAAUAGUUGGAGUCUGUUUUGCUAAUUUUAGUGUGCAGGUCAGCACAAGGGGCAUAGUGAGCCUGAUGGAAGCUUUCCUCAGGUGAGUGAGUUUCAAAAGCAGAAUUAGGUGCCUGUUUCUUAGAAUUAGAUUCUGCUGCAGGUUUACAAAUUAGACUUUCAGCCUGCAUGAAUUAGUAGGGAUAUUCUUUUUUUACUUGCAUAAUUGUAAUUGAUUUAAACAUGUAUGUCAGAAUUCACAGGCCCAUACUAACUGUCCUUAAUUUCUUUCCUACAGCAGUACUGCUAUAUGCCAGUCCUGUCUGCAUUCUUAAGGGUGCAGUUCAACACAUCCUCUCUAGAUUAUGGUGAAAAAGUAUUCCAAAGGAAGUCUUAUCAGAGCUAGUGUCAGAAAGAAUGACACUAUCAAUUGGGCAUGAUCUUCAGCAUAGGAAAUGUCUUAGAAUUUUAUUAUUUUUUCCUAAAUUGUGAUGCUAUACUACUUGUAUAGCAAAUUACCACAUUUCUAAAACUCAGUGUGCCUCUGAAUCUUAUUAUGUACUGUUUGGGCUUCUUUAAGAUAUUUCGAAGUUUGAAAAGCAAAUACUGAAACUUUAACCAAGAGACUAACACAUCUCUUUGUACACCACUUUUCUUCUGUGUGCAACAUAACUGGUAGAAGUAAUAUAUUUCAAGUAAUAUGUUUCCAGUUGUAAUUUAUACUUUCUAAGAAAAUAAAAAUGUUUUGGAGUCAACCAAACUUAAAAAGAAUGAAGCCCUUUUUAGUAACAUGGGAUCGGAAUCAGAUUAUAGGUGUAUUUUUAAAAGUCUAAACUAUUUUCUAAACUAUAACUGUUUUAGAACAUUGUAUGGAGAACUUAUCUAGUUAUAGUUAUUUGUAGUCAGGAUUUUAACAGCUUGCAACAGGUAAUGUUUUGAAUAUAAAUAUCUUUCCAAAGUGUUACUAAUGGUAAAGAGAUAAUUUUCUAGGCUUCUAUUCUGCUGCUUGAAGUCAGAACUGCUGAUGGAGACAAAGGCACGAAAGUGAGGGAAGACCCCUGAUCCUAAAAUGAAUGCUAGGACUUACAUGGAUGUAAUGCGAGAACAGCAUUUAACCAAAGAAGAGAGAGAAAUUAGGCAACAACUAGCAGAAAAAGCUAAAGCUGGAGAAUUAAAAGUUGUCAAUGGAGCAGCAGCGUCCCAGCCUCCCUCAAAACGAAAACGGCGUUGGGAUCAAACAGCCGAUCAGACUCCUGGUGCCACUCCUAAAAAACUAUCAAGUUGGGAUCAAGCAGAGACCCCCGGACAUACCCCUUCCUUAAGAUGGGAUGAGACACCAGGUCGGGCAAAGGGAAGUGAGACUCCUGGAGCAACCCCAGGCUCAAAAAUAUGGGAUCCUACACCUAGCCACACACCAGCGGGAGCUGCUACUCCUGGACGCGGCGAUACGCCAGGCCAUGCAACACCAGGCCACGGAGGUGCAACUUCCAGUGCUCGUAAAAACAGAUGGGAUGAGACCCCCAAAACCGAAAGAGAUACUCCUGGGCAUGGAAGCGGAUGGGCUGAGACUCCUCGAACAGAUCGAGGUGGAGAUUCAAUUGGUGAAACACCAACUCCUGGAGCCAGUAAAAGAAAGUCACGUUGGGAUGAAACACCAGCUAGUCAGAUGGGUGGAAGCACUCCUGUUCUGACACCUGGAAAGACACCAAUUGGCACACCAGCCAUGAACAUGGCUACCCCUACUCCAGGUCACAUAAUGAGUAUGACUCCCGAACAGCUUCAAGCUUGGAGGUGGGAAAGAGAAAUUGAUGAGAGAAACCGUCCACUUUCUGAUGAAGAAUUAGAUGCCAUGUUUCCAGAAGGAUAUAAGGUACUUCCCCCUCCAGCUGGUUAUGUUCCUAUUCGAACUCCAGCUCGAAAGCUGACAGCAACUCCAACGCCUUUGGGUGGUAUGACUGGUUUCCACAUGCAAACUGAAGAUAGAACAAUGAAAAGUGUUAAUGACCAACCAUCUGGGAAUCUGCCAUUUUUAAAACCUGAUGAUAUUCAGUACUUUGAUAAACUUUUGGUUGAUGUUGAUGAAUCAACACUUAGUCCAGAAGAGCAAAAAGAGAGAAAAAUAAUGAAGCUUCUUUUAAAAAUUAAGAAUGGAACACCUCCAAUGAGAAAGGCUGCAUUGCGUCAGAUUACUGAUAAAGCUCGUGAAUUUGGAGCUGGUCCUUUGUUUAAUCAGAUUCUUCCUCUACUGAUGUCUCCUACACUUGAGGAUCAAGAGCGUCAUUUACUUGUGAAAGUUAUUGAUCGAAUAUUAUACAAACUUGAUGACUUAGUUCGACCAUAUGUGCACAAGAUCCUUGUGGUCAUUGAACCAUUGCUAAUUGAUGAAGAUUACUAUGCUAGAGUGGAAGGUCGAGAGAUUAUUUCUAAUUUGGCAAAGGCUGCUGGUCUGGCUACUAUGAUCUCUACCAUGAGGCCUGAUAUAGAUAACAUGGAUGAGUAUGUUCGUAACACAACAGCUAGAGCUUUUGCUGUUGUAGCCUCUGCCCUGGGCAUUCCUUCAUUGUUGCCCUUCUUAAAAGCUGUGUGUAAAAGUAAGAAGUCCUGGCAGGCGAGACACACUGGUAUUAAGAUUGUACAGCAGAUAGCUAUUCUUAUGGGCUGUGCCAUCUUGCCACAUCUCAGAAGUUUAGUUGAAAUCAUUGAGCAUGGUCUUGUGGAUGAGCAACAGAAAGUUCGGACCAUUAGUGCUUUGGCCAUUGCUGCCUUGGCUGAAGCAGCAACUCCUUAUGGUAUCGAAUCUUUUGAUUCUGUGUUAAAGCCUCUAUGGAAGGGUAUCCGUCAACACAGAGGAAAGGGUCUGGCUGCUUUCUUAAAGGCUAUUGGCUAUCUUAUUCCUCUUAUGGAUGCAGAAUAUGCCAACUACUAUACUAGAGAAGUGAUGUUAAUCCUUAUUCGAGAAUUUCAGUCACCUGAUGAAGAAAUGAAGAAAAUUGUGCUGAAGGUGGUAAAGCAGUGUUGUGGAACAGAUGGUGUAGAAGCAAACUACAUUAAAACAGAGAUUCUUCCUCCUUUUUUUAAACACUUCUGGCAACACAGAAUGGCUUUGGAUAGAAGAAAUUACCGACAGUUAGUUGAUACUACUGUGGAAUUGGCAAACAAAGUAGGUGCAGCAGAAAUUAUUUCCAGGAUUGUGGAUGAUCUGAAGGAUGAAGCUGAACAGUACAGAAAAAUGGUGAUGGAGACAAUUGAGAAAAUUAUGGGCAACUUGGGAGCAGCAGAUAUUGAUCAUAAACUUGAAGAACAGUUGAUUGAUGGUAUUCUUUAUGCUUUCCAAGAACAGACUACAGAGGACUCUGUAAUGUUGAAUGGCUUUGGCACAGUGGUCAAUGCUCUUGGCAAACGAGUCAAACCUUACUUGCCUCAGAUCUGUGGUACAGUUUUGUGGCGUUUAAAUAACAAAUCAGCAAAAGUUAGGCAACAGGCAGCUGACUUGAUUUCUCGAACUGCUGUUGUCAUGAAGACUUGUCAAGAGGAAAAAUUGAUGGGGCACUUGGGUGUUGUUUUGUAUGAGUAUUUGGGUGAAGAGUACCCUGAAGUAUUGGGCAGCAUUCUUGGAGCAUUGAAGGCCAUUGUAAAUGUAAUAGGUAUGCAUAAGAUGACCCCACCAAUUAAAGAUCUCCUGCCUAGACUCACCCCCAUCUUAAAGAACAGGCAUGAAAAAGUACAAGAGAAUUGUAUUGAUCUUGUUGGACGUAUUGCUGACAGGGGAGCUGAGUAUGUGUCUGCGAGAGAAUGGAUGAGGAUUUGUUUUGAGCUUCUGGAGCUCUUAAAAGCUCACAAAAAAGCUAUUCGUAGAGCCACAGUCAACACAUUUGGUUACAUUGCAAAGGCCAUUGGUCCUCAUGAUGUAUUGGCUACACUCUUAAACAACCUCAAAGUUCAGGAAAGGCAGAACAGAGUUUGUACCACUGUAGCAAUAGCUAUUGUUGCCGAAACGUGUUCACCCUUCACAGUACUACCUGCCUUAAUGAAUGAAUACAGAGUUCCUGAGCUGAAUGUCCAAAAUGGAGUCUUAAAAUCACUUUCCUUCUUGUUUGAAUAUAUUGGUGAAAUGGGAAAGGACUACAUUUAUGCUGUAACACCGUUACUUGAAGAUGCUUUAAUGGAUAGGGACCUUGUACACAGACAGACGGCUAGUGCAGUGGUGCAACACAUGUCACUUGGGGUUUAUGGAUUUGGUUGUGAAGAUUCACUGAAUCACUUGUUGAACUAUGUAUGGCCCAAUGUGUUUGAGACAUCGCCCCAUGUAAUUCAAGCAGUUAUGGGAGCCCUGGAGGGCCUGAGAGUUGCUAUUGGACCAUGUAGAAUGUUACAGUAUUGUUUACAGGGUUUGUUUCACCCGGCCCGGAAAGUCAGAGACGUGUAUUGGAAAAUUUACAACUCCAUCUACAUUGGUUCACAGGAUGCUCUCAUAGCACAUUACCCAAGAAUCUACAAUGAUGAUAAGAACACCUAUAUUCGUUAUGAACUUGACUAUAUCUUAUAACUUUAUUGUUUAUUUUGUGUUUAAUGCACAGCUGUUUCACCUCUUAAACUUGCUUCGAUUUGGUGAUGUAAACUUUUAAACAUUGCAGAUCAGUGUAGAACUGGUCAUAGAGGAAGAGCUAGAAAUCCAGUAGCAUGAUUUUUAAAUAACCUGUCUUUGUUUUUGAUGUUAAACAGUAAAUGCCAGUAGUGACCAAGAACACAGCGAUUACACACACUAUACUGGAGGGAUUUCAUUUUUAAUUCAUCUUUAUGAAAAUUUAGAAUUCAUUCCUUGUGUUUAAAGGGAAUGUUUAAUUGAGAAAUAAACAUUUGUGUACAAAAUGCUAACUUGUGUGUGUUUUUUGAACAUGACUUGUAAAAUGCGGAACUUUGAUAAAGUAUUGGUUUGUGUAGAGUAAGUGGCUUAAUUUUAUUUUCUGUUAACCUGGUUUAUAGAAAGUAGUUAGCAGAAUAUAAACUAUAUAAAGUGAUGGCAUCUUUGUCCAAUUCCAUUGUUCUGUUGAUAAUGACAUCAAGAAGAGUAGUAGCUUUGGGGGUGUUCACCUCAAACUAGCACAACUGUUCUAUCACCAUAGAGAAUAUAGCAUCUUUGCUAACCUGUAUUGAGUAAUAAUAUUUUGCACUUACAUAGCGCCUUUCAUCUCUUGAUUUCUCAAAAUGCUUUAUGAACAUGUUUAGGAGAAAUGAUUUAAGUCAUAUCUAACUCUUGAGUCUGUGUUUAGAAAGUGGGUAAGGUAUCUACUUUGAAACUGCUUUCUACUUAAGUAUUGCUAAUAGAAUAAGACAAUCUUUGGGCUCUUUCCCAUGUCAUAAGCCAGUACUCAACAAUGUAUUCAGUAAAUACUUGUUGAACACUUAAACUGUAUACCAGCCACUGUGCUUAGUGUAGGGGAUGCAAAGGUGCUUUUGACCUGCCCCUUGCCCUUAAGAAAUGCAGUAUAAUGGAAAAGGGGAGACACAUCUAGUUGCGUAUUACGUACUGUGUUAUUACACAAUUGCAGCAGCUAAAAUGUCUAGGUUUGCUUAGAUCUAUAGAUGUUAAGCAUAAGUUGGAACACCAUUUAAUUUUAGAGGAACUAAGCAUUAAGGUAGUGCUUACCAUAUUUUGGCAACUACUUUAAAUAUAUUUUCAGCUUUUCCCAGAAAUCCGACCAAAAAUUUCUUCAUUUUAGUACUUUGACUACCCAUAGCAGUUUUGCCUCCUUAUUUUAGUACUUUGGUGAACUCGAAUGGGAAAUGAGAUUCUACAGCAGAGUAAGCAUGGGAUGGCGAUGGCUCUGCUACUUUAAGUAAAACUGUUACACUGUGACUAAGGAGUUUGUGCCUCCAACCGUUAACACUUAGUGCUUCCUGUGUUGGAGGCUUACAUGACAGUUUGUAAUUGGCUGAAUUUUACAAAAUGAAUACUGAGCAGUAAAGGACUCUUCAGGCAGAAGUCGUAACUCCUUAUUGUUCCUUGUGUAACAUUGUGACAACAUGUCAGCGUGUCCUAGAACACGAUUUUCCAGAUCAUCUUUUUAUUCUUUGAAGUUUUUGCAACAGUAGCUCCCAUUAUAACUUUACAUCUUACAAUUCCUUGUAGUUUAUGUCAAGUGACCUUCAGUAAUUUCUAAUCAUGAAAAUUGCAGAAAAUGGUUUCGAAGCCAGAAUUUGGUUUUAAACUGGUCUUGGAAAAAUUUAGUUAUAUUUUCACCUCAAGAAGUGGGGUAACUUCAAUUUUCUUGGGCCCUUCCUGUUUAUGGAAAACAUACCUGCUUUGUAGUGGCAAAAUGGAGCAAAAGAGACCGCUUUAUAUGACUUUUACUGAUGCAAAUCAUUUGAAGGCAGGUGAGGGAAAUACAGCUAUGACCUUAAAGGAUGGGACCAAAUAGAGGCUCAUAGGUGUUUGGAUAAUUUUAUAUGCUUAUUGAAUAAGGAAAGCAUUUUGUGAUACACUCAUGUGAAAGACGCUAUGUGAAGUUUUAACUCGUUCAAAGACUUUCUCACUUUCUUUUGGUGUUUCUUAAAGCCAAACUUAAGCAGGAAGAAAAUGUUCUUAAGGGAUGACAGUGGGUGGGUUUUUCUGUGGGCUUUUGUUGGUUUUUCUGUGGGCCCUCUAAUGGAAUUGAUCUCUUUGGCUGUUCAAUUUUUUCAUAUUGUAUUUUUAAAAUUUGUUGUACGGUGCCCUGUGAGCAUCAAGUACCACCAGAUGAAUAAAACUUAUUAUAUCUAAA